UUCUUAUAUUCCUCCAGCUUUUGUUGAUUAUGAUGACGGCUGUGACCAGUGUUGAACGGAGCUUGAGCACAGUGUUGCAAUGACGGAGUUUGUUGAUGGCUGGAAUAUUGUGGGCGUACUCGGUGAGGGCGCGUUCGGGGACGUUAAGCUGCUGGAAUGCCCGGAUCAGGGUUCAUUUGUGGCCAUGAAGUGCGUGGAUAUGGGCCGUCACCCAGGUGCUGCAGCGGACGUGCGCAAGGAGAUUGCCGUCCAUCGCCUCUUGGACCAUCGCAAUGUUCUUAAAUACAUUGGCCACCGGACAGUUGGCCCAGUAGAUUACAUCUUCCUCGAAUAUGCCCCGAAUGGCGAGCUGUUUGACAGGAUUGAGCCUGACAUUGGGAUGGCUGUGCCAAUGGCCCGUCGCCUGUUCGGCGAGUUACUCUGCGGACUGGAGUAUUUGCAUGGACGUGGGAUAGCACACAGGGAUAUCAAGCCCGAGAACCUACUCCUCGGCGUGGGCGACACCCUGAAGAUAUCCGAUUUCGGGCUUGCCACAGUGUUCCGGCAUCACGGUCGGGAACGUCUCCUGGAUAGGGCAUGUGGUACUCUUCCGUAUGCAGCACCCGAGGUGUUGUCGGGUGGGCCCUACCGCGGUGAUCACGCAGAUCUUUGGUCAGCAGGCAUUGUGCUCGUGGCAAUGCUCACUGGAGAAUUGCCAUGGGACAAGGCGGAUGUGGAGACGAGUCCCGAGUUUGCCGCCUGGACAGGACUGGAUACUGGCCGACUGCCGCCACUUCUCUGUCGACUUGAGCCGGACGCGUUGUGUCUCGUCAGGGCCAUGCUGUGCGCCAAGCCCGAGGCACGGCUCAAGCUGCAGGCUGUUUUGUCCAGUCGCUGGAUGCGUGUUAAGGAUUUGAGCGUGUUGAAUGUGGCAGUGGGAACGGAUUGUGACGAUCUAGAUGGAGAUGAUAUGAAAGACAGGAUCAAGCGCCCCCGCCGAUUGACGUGCUCACAACCUGUAGCGGACGUGGCCCUUCUGCAGUCGCCAGUGCGCGCCCUGCUGCCAUGUUCAACGCAGCCCAAUUCGAACUUACUGCUAGACUCCCAGCAGUGCUUGGCCACGCAGCAGUCGAGUGCACCUCUUCACCUCAUUUUGCGUCGCAUGACCCGGUUCGUGGUGCCCUGUGAUGUGGAUGAGACGUUGAGUCUUUUGGAGCGAGUGGCGGCGGCCCAGGGCAUGAUAGCGCAUCGGCUGUCAAUGACAAAUGUGGCAAAUGCGAGUAACACAGUUCCAAUGCCACCGAGUGCGACUGUUGUGGGUAGGGACCGACGCAAUGCCCGCCUUGAGUUGCGCGUCACCGUGCUGGCCCAGGAAAACGAGGCAGAUCAAACAGAGCUGCGUGGGAAACAGGAUGAAGACGAGGAUGUAGAAAAGGAAAAUAGGAGCCGCAGUAGCAACACCAAGGCUCGGUGUCUGCUUGAUUUCCGGCUUUCUCGUGGAGAUGGGCUCGAGUUCAAGCGAACGUUUCUACGCCUCAAGGAAGGAUUCGCAAAACUUGCAGCACCGAUCCGGUCGGCCGUUGCCUGGCCAUCGUGA